AUGCAGAAAAAGUGCGCAAUCUGUGGACGCAGUCUGCCAGAUGAUGAUGUGAGGAGGUCAUCACAGAUGAAAAUCACAAAUGGUAUCCUAGCGGCUUCCCUAUUUGCAUUUGGUUGUACUUCUGCGGCUACAGCACAGUUGUCCUAUAAAAUGUGCUGCACUCAGAAAAAAUACAUAUGCCAUAAGCACUUCGUUCAAGCUGGGCAAUGCAUGUGUACUGUGAUGGCUUUAAUGGGAAAGCAGUAUACACCGUUUCAAGGUCAGGCUAUUGGAGCAUACGUUACUUUGGUGGAUAUACCGAUGCAUCUCGUCGAUCUCUUGAACGCCAAUGGCAAAAGUAUAGGUACCCGUACAAGCCGCAAAAUAGUACCCAUUUCGUCUUGUAUAUAG